AUGUCCUCCACUAAUAAGAGAAUUGCUUUACCAGCAAGAGUCGAGCCAAAGGUUUUCUUUGCUAACGAAAGAACCUUUUUAUCAUGGUUAAAUUUCACGGUUAUAUUAGGGUCUUUGGGAGUUGGUUUAUUGAAUUUUGGGGAUCAAAUUGGUAGAAUCAGUGCUGGGUUAUUUACUUUUAUUGCCAUGUUUACCAUGGCUUAUGCUUUAGUGACUUAUCAUUGGAGAGCAAAAGCAAUUAGAUUGAGAGGUUCUGGUCCUUACGAUGACAGAUUUGGUCCAACCAUGUUGUGUUUGUUUUUACUUGUUGCGGUUGUGAUUAACUUUAUUUUAAGAAUUAGAGCUUAA